ACGCUGUGGAUGUGGCAGCAUCUCGAAACUGGCAUUACUGGACUGGUGCGCGUUCAUCCGAGUACAUGUUUGGAGGCUAGAAUUUUUGUAAUCAAGUUUUGUAGAAAGGGGAGUAAUCAUAAAAAAAUUAUAUUUUACAAUGGAUACAUCAGAUAUGUUGCUGGAACCUAAAUUAACGAACACGUCGCCAGAUUUCGGUAAACCAUCUGAAAAACAGAAUAGUCUGUUGCAAUCUUUAGGUACACCACAUAUCGAAUCUUUUAAUUACAUGCUGGAAGAUGGUCUUUUUCAAAGUAUAAAAAACAGUACACCAGUAUAUUUAACUCUUCCUAAUGAUGACAAAGUAGUUCUCUGGCUAGACGAUGUACAAAUUUAUAAGCCUACUGUACCUUCUAGUACAAUUGGUGUGAAGAAUUAUAAAAUAUAUCCAACAGAAUGUCGUCAAAGAGGUGCUACUUAUAAGGGUAAAGUAACAGUGAGACUUGGAUGGUCCAUAAAUGGUGAAGAGCAAGAAAUUCUUGAGAAGGAUUUAGGAGAAGUUCCAAUUAUGCUCAAGUCUAAUCGAUGUCACUUAAAUAAAAUGAGUCCAAAGGAAUUAGUUGCUCAUAAUGAACUUGAACAAGAAUGGGGUGGUUACUUUAUAAUCAGAGGAAUCGAACGACUUAUACGCAUGUUAAUAAUGACGAGACGAAACUAUCCCAUUGCUAUAAAGAGACCAACCUGGAAAACUCGUGGCGAACAAUUUAGCGAUUUAGGUAUUUUUUUGAGAAGUGUUCAAGAAGAUAACACUGCCACUAACAAUACACUGCAUUACGUGAAUGAUGGUUCUGCAAAAUUUACUUUUACUCAUAAAAAAACCACUUACUAUAUACCAUUAAUAUUGCUGAUAAAAUGUUUGAUAGAUGUGACUGAUGUAUAUAUUUAUAAAACAUUAAUUGCUGGAUGUGAAAAUGACCUCUAUUAUAGUAAUAGUGUUAUGAAUAUGUUACGUACUUUGCAUGAAGAAGGUUUACAUUGGCACGAACAAUGUAAAGCAUAUGUAGGAAAAAUAUUCAAAGUUAAAUUUUCUGAAUUGCCUGCAGAUGCAACUGACAUAGAUGUCUGUAAUUACAUUCUUAAGCAUUGCGUCGCCAUUCAUCUUGAUGAACCUAUCGAUAAAUUUCAUUUACUUGUAUUCAUGACUAAAAAAUUGUUCGCUUUUGCUGGCAACAAAUGCGCCGUCGAAGGUGUGGAUUCUGUAAUGAUGCAAGAAUGUUUGCUAGGUGGGCACUUAUAUCUGCAAGUUCUUAAAGAGAAAUUAGGGUCGUGGCUGACAAGUCUCAAAUACCAUAUACUCAAACGUGCCAAAAGUGCUGGUAAUAGAUACAUCUUAACCGUGCAAGAAAUGUUAAACGUCACCAAAUUUCGGAGCAACAUUGAUGCACAAAUGGAGUAUUUCUUGUCCACUGGAAGCAUAAGGUCAUCCACCGGUCUAGGUCUCAUGCAAAACACUGGUCUUACAAUUGUUGUGGAAAAUAUCAACAGGAUGCGCUAUAUGAGUCAUUUUCGUGCGAUACAUAGAGGCGCAUUCUUCCAAAAUAUGAGAACUACUGAAGUUAGACGAUUGUUGCCUGAUGCAUGGGGAUUUAUUUGUCCAAUACACACUCCAGAUGGUGCUCCAUGUGGAUUGCUCAAUCAUUUGACAAUGAAUUGUAUCGUUACAAAACAUCCAAAUCCAAAAUUGAAAGCCGCGAUACCUACAGUACUGGUAGAUCUUGGAAUGAUUCCAUUAUCUAUCGCCGAUAACUGGAAAAAUUCAUAUAACGUCAUGUUAGAUGGAAAACUGAUUGGCUUAAUCGAGGAUAAGAUUAUUAAUAAAGUGGUUCACAGACUGAGAUUGCUUAAGAUAAAGGGCCAAGAAAUACCAUCAACAUUAGAAAUUGCACUUGUACCAAAGAAGAAAGUUCCAGCUCAAUAUCCAGGAUUAUUCUUAUUUACUAGUGCAGCUAGAAUGAUGAGACCGGUGAUAAAUCUAGCUGUGCAAGAGAUUGAACUUGUUGGAACAUUUGAGCAAAUUUAUAUGGAUGUUUGUGUGGUUCCUGAAGAAGCCUACGAAGAGUUAACGACUCAUCAAGAAGUGAGUCAGACAACCAUCUUCAGCAACUUAGCUAAACUUAUCCCAUUGCCAGAUUGUAAUCAGAGUCCAAGAAACAUGUAUCAAUGUCAGAUGGGUAAGCAAACAAUGGGAACACCAUGUUACAAUUGGCAACAACAGUCGCAAACAAAAAUGUACAGAUUACAAACGCCCGCCGCGCCUCUCUUUAGGCCAGUACAUUAUGAUAAUAUUAAUAUGGAUGAUUUUGCGAUGGGUACCAAUGCAAUAAUUGCUGUUAUCUCAUAUACGGGAUACGAUAUGGAAGACGCAAUGGUUAUCAACAAAGCGUCUUAUGAACGCGGUUUUGGACACGGUACGGUCUACAAAUCUGAAUUUGUUGAGUUGAACGAUAAGAAGAGUUACUUCGCCCGCAAUCCGGAUAAACCUGAACUCGAGAAAACAUUAGAUAUUGAUGGUUUACCUAUUAUAGGUGCCUCUAUCAAAGAGGGUGACCCGUACUAUUGUUAUUAUGAUGCUGAUAAUACUAAUUAUGUCACUGGAAAAUAUAAAGGCACAGAAAACACUUACAUCGACAGUGUGAAGUUAUGUGGAACAUUCAACAGUCAAGAGCCUCGAAAAGCAUGCAUUACAUUCCGUAUUCCUAGGAAUCCUAUCGUUGGAGAUAAAUUUGCGUCAAGGGCGGGACAAAAAGGAAUUCUUUCACGGCUAUAUCCUGUCGAGGAUUUACCAUUUACAGAAACCGGGAUGGUCCCCGACAUUAUUUUCAAUCCGCACGGGUUUCCAAGCCGUAUGACAAUAGCUAUGAUGAUUGAAGUAAUGGCCGGAAAGUCAGCGGCUGUGCAUGGACUAGUUCACGAUGCUACACCCUUUAGAUUCGAUGAGGAGAACACAGCUAUAGACUACUUCGGGAAAUUAUUGGAACUUGGUGGCUAUAAUUAUUACGGAACUGAAAGAAUGUAUUCGGGCAUAUAUGGAUGCGAGAUGGAAGCUAGCAUUUUCUUUGGUAUGGUCCAUUAUCAAAGAUUGCGACACAUGGUCUCUGACAAGUGGCAGGUAAGAAGCACCGGACCAAUCGAUCUAUUAACGAGGCAACCCAUUAAAGGUCGUCGACGGGGCGGCGGUGUUCGAUUCGGAGAGAUGGAACGAGAUGCUCUGAUCUCUCAUGGUUGCUCGUAUCUUCUUCAGGAUCGUCUAUUUCAUUGUUCUGAUAAAAUGACGACCUUAGCGUGCCAAAAAUGCGGUUCACUACUCGGACCGGAAUUAAUCAUGAACAGUAGACAUGACGAGGACGAUAAAAAAUGCCGUCUGUGCGGCGAAGAAGACAAUGUAAAUGAAAUCGAGAUACCAUAUAUCUUUAGAUUUCUUCUAAUACAAUUGGCGUCCUGCAAUAUUAACAUUAAACUGAAAUUUAAAAAAGUUUAAGCAAUCGCGAAGAUAUGUAUGUAUGUUUUUUUAUAUCAAGUGUACAGUUUUCUUCAACAGAAUAAAAUUUUAUUUUCU